GUUUACUUUCACUGCCCUCGUCUUCUUUCUUUUUCUCCUUUUUCCGUCGAUCCAUUUUUCUCAAUUCUCUCUCUCGGUUAAAGUUUUUCUCCGAUUCGCCGACGAAUCGUUACCCUUAACUUAUAUUCUCCGGCAAUGACUCUUCUCACUCCUCCUCCGAUUGAUCCAGAAGACAAUGAAAUGCUUGUUCCUAGUUCUGACUUUCCUACCGAGGGACCUCAGCCUAUGGAAGUUGCACCAGCAGACGCAACAAGUACAGUGGAUGCACAGGCGGUGGAUGAUCCGGCAUCAGCCCGGUUCACAUGGACUGUUGACAAUUUUUCAAGGUUGAAUGUGAAGAAGUUGUACUCCGAUGCUUUUAAUGUAGGAGGAUAUAAAUGGAGGAUUCUGAUAUUCCCGAAAGGGAAUAAUGCAGACCAUUUAUCAAUGUAUCUAGAUGUGGCAGAUGCUGCAACAUUGCCUUAUGGUUGGAGUAGAUAUGCUCAGUUUAGCUUAGCUGUUAUCAAUCGAAUUCACAACAAGUACACAGUAAGAAAAGAUACCCAGCACCAGUUUAAUGCAAGGGAGAGUGAUUGGGGUUUCACGUCAUUCAUGCCUCUUAGUGAACUAUAUGAUCCUGGAAGAGGUUAUCUUAUGGAUGAUACAGUCAUAAUUGAAGCUGAUGUUGCUGUCCGUAAAGUCAUUGAUUACUGGUCCCAUGACUCUAAAAAGGAGACUGGUUUUGUUGGCCUUAAGAAUCAGGGAGCCACUUGUUACAUGAACUCUCUCCUCCAAACACUGUACCAUAUUCCUUAUUUUAGAAAGGCUGUGUAUCAUAUGCCAACAACUGAGAAUGACAAUCCAUCUGGCAGCAUCCCCUUAGCUUUGCAGAGUUUGUUUUAUAAGCUCCAGUAUAAUGAUACUAGUGUAGCAACAAAAGAGUUGACUAAGUCCUUUGGGUGGGACACCUAUGAUUCUUUCAUGCAGCAUGAUGUACAAGAACUUAAUAGGGUUCUUUGUGAAAAGCUCGAAGAUAAGAUGAAGGGAACUGUUGUAGAGGGCACAAUACAACAGUUACUUGAGGGGCAUCAUAUGAAUUACAUCGAAUGUAUCAACGUGGACUACAAGUCAACAAGAAAAGAGUCUUUUUAUGAUCUUCAGCUUGAUGUGAAAGGGUGUCGAGAUGUGUAUGCUUCAUUUGACAAGUAUGUUGAAGUGGAACGCCUUGAAGGCGACAACAAAUACCAUGCAGAACAACAUGGUUUGCAGGAUGCUAAGAAAGGUGUCCUUUUCACCGACUUCCCUCCCGUUCUUCAACUUCAGUUAAAACGCUUUGAAUAUGAUUUUGUGCGGGAUGCUAUGAUCAAGAUAAAUGAUCGAUAUGAGUUCCCCUUGCAACUCGAUCUUGAUAAAGAGAAUGGAAAAUAUUUAUCUCUAGAUGCUGAUCGAAGUGUCCGCAAUCUCUAUACUCUUCACAGUGUUUUAGUUCACAGCGGCGGGGUGCACGGGGGACACUAUUAUGCAUAUAUCAGGCCAACACUCUCUGAUCAAUGGUAUAAAUUUGAUGAUGAACGUGUGACAAAAGAAGAUAUAAAGAGAGCACUGGAUGAACAGUAUGGUGGUGAAGAAGAGUUACCCCACACAAAUCCUGGGUUCAACAAUUCACCAUUCAAAUUUACAAAAUAUUCAAAUGCGUAUAUGCUUGUCUAUAUACGUGAAAGUGACAAGGAAAAGAUCAUAUGCAAUGUGGAUGAGAAGGACAUAGCCGAGCAUCUCAGGAUUAGACUAAAGAAGGAACAAGAAGAAAAGGAACAAAAGAGAAAGGAGAAAGCAGAGGCUCACCUCUAUACAAUCAUCAAGGUAGCUCGUGAUGAAGACCUUGGUGAACAAAUUGGGAAGGAGAUCUAUUUUGAUCUUGUGGAUCAUGAUAAAGUGCAUAGUUUCCGUAUUCAGAAGCAGAUGCCAUUUGCUCAAUUCAAGGAGGAGGUUGCUAAAGAAUUUGGUAUACCAGUGCAAUUUCAGCGUUACUGGCUAUGGGCAAAGCGCCAGAACCAUACAUAUCGGCCUAAUCGUCCAUUGACAGCUCAAGAAGAAGUUCAAUCCGUUGGCCAACUGAGAGAGGUUUCAAAUAAAGCAAAUAAUGCUGAGCUAAAAUUGUUUUUGGAAGUAGAACUUGGCCUGGAUUUGCAACCUAUUCCUCCCCCAGAGAAGAUCAAGGAAGAUAUUCUUCUAUUUUUCAAACUUUAUGACCCUUCAAAAGAGGAGAUAAGGUAUGUUGGACGGCUUUUUGUGAAAGGAAGUGGAAAGCCGCUGGAGAUAUUGGCAAAGCUAAAUGAGUUGGCUGGCUUUUUGCCUGAUGAAGAAAUUGAACUUUUUGAGGAAAUAAAAUUUGAACCAAAUGUGAUGUGUGAACACAUUAACAGGAACCUGAGUUUUCGUGGCUGUCAGCUAGAAGAUGGGGAUAUUAUUUGUUUUCAGAAAUCCCUUCGGAAGCAAGGGAAUGAACAAUAUCGCUUUCCAGAAGUCCCUUCUUUUUUGGAAUACGUGCACAAUCGCCAGGUUGUUCGUUUUCGCUCAUUGGAGAAACCCAAGGAGGAUGAGUUCACUCUGGAGUUGUCAAAGCAGAACAACUAUGAUGAAGUUGUUGAAUGCUUAGCUCGUCAUCUUCACUUGGAUGAUCCAUCAAAAGUAAGGCUUACAUCACAUAAUUGCUAUUCACAGCAGCCAAAGCCUCAGCCUAUAAGGUAUCGUGGUGUUGAUCGUCUCACAGAAAUGCUCAGUCACUAUAAUCAGACUUCAGAUAUUUUGUAUUAUGAAGUCCUGGAUAUUCCUUUACCAGAGCUGCAGGGCUUAAAAACUCUCAAAGUUACUUUUUAUCAUGCUGCCAAGGAUGAAGUGACUAUCCAUACUAUCAGAUUGCCAAAACAAAGUACCAUAGGAGAUGUUCUUAAUGACCUGAAAACAAAGGUUGAAUUGUCACGGCCAGAUGCUGAACUAAGAUUGCUGGAAGUGUUUUACCAUAAGAUAUAUAAGAUUUUUUCCCUUAAUGAAAGGAUUGAGAACAUAAAUGAUCAAUACUGGACUCUACGUGCAGAGGAGAUUCUUGAAGAGGAGAAAAACUUGGAUCCUCAUAGUCGUUUAAUUCAUGUUUAUCAUUUUAUGAAGGACACAGCUCAAAAUCAAGCACAAAUACAGAACUUUGGUGAGCCUUUUUUCUUGCUUAUUCAUGAGGGUGAGACAUUGACUGAAGUUAAAGCUCGCAUUCAGAAAAAAUUGCAGGUUUCAGAUGAGGAGUUUUCAAAGUGGAAAUUUGCAUUUUUAUCCAUGGGUCGUCCCGAGUACCUGGAGGAAUCGGAUAUUGUGUCCAACCGUUUCCAGAAAAGAGAUGUGUAUGGUGCUUGGGAGCAGUACCUUGGAUUAGAGCACACUGACAAUGCUCCAAAAAGAUCAUAUGCUGCCAACCAGAACCGACACAAUUUUGAGAAGCCUGUUCGGAUCUACAACUAGAUAAUCUUCAAAAUUACUUCCACAUUACCGUAUGAUUAUCUUCAAAGGGAAGUGUGCUAUGUUGCAAAGAAGGUGCACUAGGUUCAGCAGAAGAUAGCGGCUUGGCAGUUAAAUGUGGGGGAUUGUCACGUUGGUGGUAGUAUAAUUCCUCCGAGGCGGUUAAACAUUUAUGCUGAGAUUUCAUCAAGCAAGCACCCGUUUUUCGGCCGAGGGAGUUUGCUGGUCAAACUGGCUUCUGUCAGUUGUAAUGUAGGCAAUCCAUACGAUUUUGGGUGAGUACUGUAUAGAGGGUACAGAUAAAUUGGUUUUUGACUCUCCUAUAUUUAGAAAAUCGGUUUCGACUUUAUCUUAUUUUUAGACAAAACACAUUCUCUUUCCAAGAAAUCUGAUUUUCUUAGUUCUUCCUUUCAUGAUGAUUGUUUUGACUUUAGUAUAGGCAGAAAUAUUAAUGCUGUAAAAUUAUAGUUUACUUUCGACUUUCUGGGUUUCCCAGAAUCAUGCAACAGAGAUUGUUUAUGAUGAUGUUUGUUCUCA